CACAAAUGACGAUGGCAUAAUGAUGAUCACCUAGUUCAUUUCAUUCCUUCAAGAAUCUCACUCUCAUUCUCAUCAGUUUCAGCUCAAGAUGCUACAUUCAACAAGAAACCAAGAUCAGGGAUCACACUCCUCAAAUUCAAACCGACAAGAAAACAAACCGAAAUCAGAAAUCUCAAAACCUACUUAUCAACUUCAUAAACCUACCAAAAGUUCAACUUCUCAUCAAUUCACCCCUACUUCAUACUCUUCUCAAGACGCUCGUUCUUCAACUUCAAAUCAUGAAUCUAAAUCUAAUCAAAAACUUUCUGUGAAACCAAGUAACAGUAAUCAAAAGAUGACCUCGAUCAAACGAACCUUAAGAAACGAUCCUUUGAAACGUUCUUCUUCUUCGAUCUCACUCACAAGUAGUCUCUUAACUUCAAUUCCAAGUCCUCCACCUUCAUUAGGAUUCUUAAAAGCAUCUCGUCUCUUACAACAACAAUCAAGCUCACUUCAAUCUCGUAUGGAAGAAGCUUCUGGCGCAAACUCUCCUCUGGCUCGGCUUCUGAGAUACUGGAGUUCAACAGGAAAACCUCAACACCAAAUCUUGAUGUCUUCAAUCGCAGUGGUCAUACUGGUCAAACUAUCGGUUAGUCUAGGUAGUUAUAGUGGGUUCUCGAAGGGUCCUUUGUUUGGAGACUUGGAAGCUCAACGACAUUGGAUGGGAUUAACUCUACAUCAUUGGGGUCUAGAUUAUCCACCCUUAACAGCAUAUCAUUCUUGGAUCCUGGCUCAUAUCGGUCGGAUCUUCAAUCCGAUUUUUGUCGCACUCCGACCUCCACAUCCCACGUCCGAUGAUCUCACUGGUUGGGGUGAUCUACACGACUCUUUGAAGCAUUUCCUACGUUGGACAGUCUUAGGAAGUGAUCUGAUCAUUUGGAUCCCAGUGGUCUUCAUCUACUGUUUCAUCACCUACAACACUUACCAAUCAGAUCACUCAUCUUCUCAUGCCAGCUCAAGAUCGAUCUCUAAAAGUAAAGCCAAAUCCACAAACGCUAUUCAUUCAACUUUGUUAUUACUUUUGAACCCGAAUUUGAUCUUGAUUGAUAAUGGUCAUUUUCAAUAUAACUCAAUCAUGCUUGGAUUAACGUUGGCUGCGAUCGUUAGUUUUCAUCUUGAUCGUGAUUUACUUGGGGCAACUUUAUAUGUUUGUAGUAUGUGUUUUAAACAAAUGGCAUUGUAUUACUCACCUGCAAUAUUUGCCUAUUUGUUUGGAAAAUGUCUCUAUUUACGUCAUACAACUGGUCUCAUUCUGUUUUUCAAGAUCGCGAUUGUUUCGAUCACCACUCUCUUGGUCGUUUUCUUACCAUUCAUCGUCUUCGCUCCAUUUCCUAGUACGAUUCUUCAAACGAUUCAUCGGAUCUUUCCAUUAUCUCGUGGUCUUUUUGAAGACAAGGUAGCCAACUUUUGGUGUGCAAUGAAUGUGAUCAUCAAAUUUCGAAGUUUGGCAGAGGUCAGUACGUUAGCCAAAGUGGCUUUAUUGAUGACUCUCUUAGCUGUCUUACCUGGGAUGAUCAUUGUAAUAUGGGUGAAUUGGAAUCUGGGAUCUGAAGCCAGAAAUGAAGAAAGCGAAACUGAAAAGCCAAUGAUGAAGAAGAUCCCUAGAAGUUUAUCAUUAGUACCUUUGAGUCUAUUCAAUUCAUCAAUGGCCUUUUAUUUAUUUUCAUUUCAAGUUCAUGAAAAGACAAUCUUGUUACCCAUCUUACCUUUAAUGAUGAUCAUCAGUCAAGAAUUUCAUGCCACCAAUCAAUUCGAUCUUAAUACUGAUGGGCAAUGGACUGGAUUGAUUAGUAAUGUGGCUUGUUUCAGUAUGUGGCCAUUACUUCAAAAAGAUAAUUUACAUUGGCAAUACGUUACAUUACAAGUUUUAUAUAAUUAUUUAAUAGGUUAUAAUCCGAUUAAAAAACUGGCCCAAUGGAGUUUUAUUGAUUAUUUAACGAUCAUAAGUUAUGUUUUGAUAGGAUUGAUUCAUUUGAGUGAAUUGAUGAUUAAAGCACCUGAUCGAUUACCUGAUCUUUAUAUUGUGAUGAAUUUAAGUUUAAGUUUUAGUAUUUUCGGAUUAAGUUAUCUUUGGUCAUUACAUAGGUUAAUAGAAGAAGGAUGGGGAUUGAUUGGAUUUACGAAGAAACCAUUGAAUUCAAACACCAGACCAACAUGUACAUCAUCAUCAUCAUCUACUAAAUUGGUAUCAAGAUCAUCAAGUUUAUCAAAAGGAUCGAAACCUCAACCGGUACCUAGUUUGCAUUCAAGAAUCGAUAGUAUUUCGAAUCCAGAAAUCAAGUUUAUUGAAGAAGAAGAAGAAGAAGAAGAAAUAAGUCGAGAAGGAAGUAAAACUAAACGAGCCACCAGUUUACAAGCUAGACCUAAAAAACCGAUCCAUUCACUUUUAUCGACGAAUGAAAGAGGACCGAUCCGGUCUAGAUCGUUAGGUGGUACUAGUUUGAUGAACUCUCAACAGAUCCGAACGAAUUUGAAACUUAAGACUAUGAUUAGUAGUCCUAGAGCUGAUCAAUUGAUGAAUCGGAUUCGAAAUCGAGUGAAUGCUGAACAAGCUGUGAUUGGUACGACUGGGAGUGGAAGUUCUUAUCAGCUGCAGCAGAAUAGACCACAACGGAUGUUGGUGAAGGAAGAAGGGUAUGGGAGAAGAUCAUCUUUAGGUGAAGAGGUUGAAGUUGAACAAAUUCAAGCUAAUAGAGGAGAAGAAGAAGUGGAAGGAGAAGAAGUGGAAGAGGGAGAAGAAGAAGUGGAAGGAGAAGAAGGAGUAGGAGAAGAGGAAGAAGGAGAAGGAGGAGAAGGAGAGGAAGAGGGAGAAGAAGGAGAGGAAGAAGAAGGAGGAGAGGAAGGAGAGGAAGAAGAAGGAGAGGAAGGAGAAGAAGAAGAAGAAGAAGAAGAGAUUCCAAUUGAAAGGAUCCAAACCAGUCGAGAAGAAGAAGGAGAAGAAUCGAUGAAUGAUGGAGAAAGGAUGAGUCGAAAGAUUGAAGUGGUUGAACAAGAUUGGGAGAUGGCUUUGAGACAGAGUAGAGAAGGAGCGAUUAGAAGAAGAAGAGAAGAAUUGAGAUUACAAGCUAAUUUGGCUAAUGCUAGUGUUACAGGAGGAACAGGAGGAGGGGCAGGAGGAGGGAGUAGGAAGUUGAGUAUGAGUAUGAAUAUGAAUUUGGUGGGUGGAUAUGUUGAUGCAUUGGAUUUGGUGAAUGGACCUCCAAGUAGAAGAUAAAGUUGAUCAGUGGUUUUUGGUUUUCUUUCUCUGAUUUGAUUUUUCAUUCAUUCAUUUAAUUUUUAUGUUUAUUUUUUGAUUUUAUUAUGCAUUUGGUUUCACUACGUACAAGAUCACUUGAUUUUUUGUU